AUGGCAGCCGAGAAGUACGCGGCCACGUUCGACAGCCUGGACCUGAAGGAGCUGCUGUCGGAUGAAACUCGAGUCCAGGAUGCGAUGCGCUGCCUGCUGGAAGAAGGAGACUCAGCGUGCAGACCCGCCGGGAAGGCGCUCAAGGAGGUGCUGCCCGAAAUAGUGCGUACUGACUGCGCCAAGUGCACUGAGACACAGCACAAGAAGAUCGGAGGUUUCUUCGGAGAGAUUUCGCGCCGCCACCCAGACCUCAUGAAGAAGCUGCUGGAAAAGUACGACCCAUCAGGAGAAUACAGGAAGAAGUACGCCAAGUCCUGGGCCGAGCACGGCAUCCGCCUCUAA